UAGGGCGCCACGCUCGUCGCGCUCAAGAAGCCGGGUCCCACGCGUGAUUUUCGAUUUUCGGAUUUCGGAUUUCGGAUUUUUCCCCGAUCCAGCCGAGUUUUCGACCGAAAUCUGUCGUGAAACGGUCAUAGUUGCAUGUACCGUGGAUUUUUUAUCUUGUCGGUCGAACAUUCGCGGAGCCGAGAAAUUGAAAUUCGUGCCGGAAAAUCGACUUUUUUUCGAGAUUUUCCCGAUUUUUAAAGUUGGAUUUUUGGCGAUUUUUCUGAAAAACCGGUGCUUUCGUGGUGAGAAAACUCUUCACAAUGUGCGUGAAGUUCAUCGCGUUUGGAUUUUAUCAUUCCUGCAGUUUUUUAUCCGCCGCGCCGAUGAUUUUAAAUUCGUGCUGAAAAAUCGGUUGUUACUCGACUUACGUCACAACGUCUACAUAGCUAAAAUCAGGAGGCACCGAUUUGUGCAGUGAGCAAUCAGUUUUGCUAGGUUUUUUUGAAACUUAAUGUGUGUUCGCGCCAAUUGUGAUGGGUGGGAUUUUAUGAUGUUCGAGGUUGAAUCUUUGAAUCGUCUUGAGGAAGGUCCAGUGGAUAUCAGGAAGGGAGACGAGAAUUGAACAUGGAUGUAAUCGGAUGGCUACUGUUUUGAGCCGUGCUGCGUAAACACUUCCAAAAUCCGAUCAUUCCUUCGCUAAAAUGCCGCUCACUUGGAACCUGUGAUUUUAACAGUUUUUCAAAUUUUAUAUCUACUAGGCGAUAAUUCAUUUCAAUUUUGAGAGUUUUAUUAUAGGUCGUAACGCGCCAUUGGAACAAAAAUAAGCUUGAUUGGAAAAAAAAUAAAUGUGUAAAAACCUCAAAUGAUAAGUGUCAUGGGAUGGGGGUUGUCAAAACUCAACCAGAAAAUUAUCUUAGAUUCCAUAAUCAACGGGAAAGAUGGAAAUAAUGUUAAGCUACGUUUUCAAUCAUUUUUUUAGUUUGGCUCUGUGUUUUUAGAGUUAAUGUUGUUGUGAGUGGUUUAUACAUGAAUGGUCGAAACAUCAAUAUCAAAAUUUAUUAAAAUUCAUCCGUCCAUUACAAAAAUUAUGUGCGAAUUAUCUAACAACAAAGAACGCGAUUUGCAUUAAAUGUGUUGUGAAACAGCCUUGAGAUAUUUAUUUGAAGGUCGUAUUCUUAUAGUAUCGAUGAUGAGUUGAUCCAGCGAGGAUCAGUGGAAACGAACCGCAUCUAAGUCAUUCCUGACUGGCAAGUGACGUGGAACGUAUUGACCGGAAUUUAGAAGUCAAACUCGCUUCGGUCGAGAAUGAGCUAAUCGCGCCAAGCAAAGUUAGAAAACAAGUCGCUAGUGGUCUGCAUCCGGUCGGUUUCGUCACGGGAAUCUGAGAGCGGAUUGCGGGACGGAACGACGGGGAUGAACCGGGAGUGAUGUCCGCCGGUUUCAUCGACUCGCACACUAGCUACGCCUACGUCAAUGACAGCUCGCAGCUCUACGGGAAGAAAAGCUACGGGAACGACCUCGACUACGGAACGGGAAAUGGAAGCGACCGGUAUCACGUGACGUUCAACAGCGGAACAGGGACGGGGACUGCGCGUCGGAAGCCGUCGGGCAAGUACACUGCCGUCGGUGAUGGAUAUAGUUCCGGUGACGGGUACUACGGCUCUGUCUCUAUGGCCCCCGAUGAAGAUCUCUACUCGAGGAAAGGGACGGUGGGUCAGACGAACAUCAUGAGCUCGUACGGGGUCUACGGGGAGGAGACGGACGACGGCGACGAGGAGGGGUUCUCGAAGACCUCCAAGGAGACGGCCGUCUACUACCCGGAGCCGGUCCUCGUCGUCUCCAAGCAGAAGGACGGCUCCACGACGAGCGUCCUCCGCUCGGCCGCGGAUCUGGAGGCCCGCGGCGGGGGUCGCGGAAGCGGCGCCGGGUGCUUCUGGUGCUCCUGCUCCGAGAAGCGGCCCAACCUCGACGUCGACGACCAGAUGGCCUCCUUCGACACCUCCGGCUGGUGCAAACCGGCCGUCCUGCUCAUCGUGCUAGUUCUCCUGCUCGUCCUAUUCUUCGUCGUCUCCGGCAUUCUUCUCUACUUCAAUUAUGCAGCUUACACGCCAAGGACGCCAAUCAUUGAAGAGCCGUGCGAAAAGACAACAUGCGCCCACGGGGCGCUGUGCUCGGCCGACGAGAGGGGCGAUGCCCGUUGCCAUUGCCCAGCGGAGUGCCCCGAGGGGGGCGGCCCCUCAGUUUGCGGCUCGGACGGCAACACGUAUCGCAGUCUGUGUCACCUUCGAUUGGCCGCUUGUCGCACGCAGAGGAGUAUCCGGGUCCGAUACUCCGGCCAAUGUGAAGUGGCGGACCCGUGCCAGGACUUCUCGUGCCCGUUCGGGGCCAAGUGCACGCGCUCCAAGGAGGGCAACUCCCCGGUCUGCCUCUGCCCGGAGCACUGCCCCUCCUAUGGCGACCACGUCGGCUCCAGGCCCAUCUGCGGGAGCGAUGGCAACGACUACACCCACCAUUGCGAACUCACCAAGGCCGCCUGCGUCCACAAACUCAACAUCACCAUCAAGUACUCUGGCAAAUGUGAUCCUUGUGCUGGAGUGGUGUGCCCGGAACCAGAACUAUGCCAACUGGACGCAGAUAGGAACCCGGUUUGCAAAUGCGGAGAGGCAUGUCCACUUGAGUUCGCCCCCGUGUGUGGCUCUGAUGGCAAGACCUACGGCAACGAUUGCAACCUACGAUUGGAGGCCUGUAGAUCGAAGAAAAACCUGCGAAUCAUUUAUCGAGGCAAAUGCAGCUCAGGAGUGAACCCUUGUGCAUCCGUGCGGUGCACUUUCGGCGAGGAGUGUGUGAUCAACAAAUUUGGCAUCGCCCAAUGCGAGUGCAUCUCGAAUUGUGACCCGAUCCUGAGGCCCGUCUGCGGCACCAAUGGCCGAACCUACGACACUGCCUGCCACCUUCAGCAGUCUACUUGUCAAGCUAAAACCGACGUCAAGCUUGCCUACGCCGGAAUUUGUGGUGGGAACGGUCCGUGCAGCGCGAGAAAGUGCGAGUUCGGAGCCACGUGUGUCGAGCGAGGGGGUUCACCAGUUUGCGAGUGUCCAGUCUGCUCGACAGAGCUCGACCCCGUCUGCGGCUCCGAUGGCAUAACCUAUGGCAACGAAUGCAAGCUCCGGCUAGAGUCCUGCCAACACCACCGCCAGAUCCGCAUCCUCCACCAUGGACUUUGCAAUAGCUGCGAAAACAAAAAGUGUGAAACGUACGAAAUUUGUCAAAACGAUAGUUACGGGGAGGCUCAUUGUGUCUGUCCACCAUCUUGUCCUCCGGAGGAAUCGCCGGUGUGCGGCUCGGAUGGGGCCACGUACCGGAGCGAGUGCGAACUGAGGCUCGAGUCUUGCAAAUCACGUCAAUUAGUCACCGUGGCAAGCCAAGGCGACUGCGGUGCUUCGAAGACAGGGGUAGCGGCGUCGGGGGCUGAGGCGGAGGGAUGUGAUGAGAAGGCCCUCGCAGUGUGCGGCGGAAACGGGUCGGCAGCCAACGAGCCAGUCUGCGCUUCGGACCUGGUCACCUAUCCGAGCGAGUGCGAGAUGGUCCGCCGAGCCUGCACCGCCCAAAAACGACCCCUUCCCACCGUCCUCUACUACGGCGACUGCAAAGAAAAGUUUGCCCUUGGACCCUCCUCUUUGACGACACCAACAACGUUUGAAAAACUCUCCUUGCAGCCAACGGACAGCAGCAGUCUUGAGAAUAGCGUCUUCAGCAACUCGGCCGAAAAGGAGGCAUGCAAGGACAUCCACUGCGAUUUUGACGCAACCUGUGAACUGGGUCCCGAUGGCUAUCCUAGAUGCUCGUGCCUGUUCGAUUGCUCCCGGGAGGCAACGAAGCUGGUGUGCGGCUCCGAUCUGAAGGUCUAUCAAUCGAGCUGCGCCAUGAAGAUGGAAGCCUGCCAGCAGCAGAAAGAGCUCCGACUCAGACCCCUGGAUCUCUGCCAAGGCAUGGAGGUAAAACCAUGCAAUGGAGAACAGCCUCUUGUGGAUCCCACCUCAGGGCAUGAGCUUGAUUGCGGAAGUGGUCCAAGAAGACAAGACUGCCCAUCCGACAGCUACUGCCAUCAAACGCCUUACUUCGCUCGCUGUUGUCGCAAAGAUGCCAAAAUAUUUUUGAAAAAUUGCGCGGAUUCCUGGUACGGCUGCUGUCCGGAUAAUAAAACUCCAGCGAGUGGUCCUGAUAAUGCCGGCUGCCCCUCCCUCUGCGGAUGCAAUAAACUAGGUUCCUACUCGGACAACUGUAAGAACGGAACAGAGCAGUGCCACUGCAGGCCCGGUGUGGGAGGGAUCAAGUGCGAUCGAUGCGAACCUGGAUUCUGGGGGCUCCCGAAAAUAUCCGACGGGCAUCAGGGCUGCAUGCCUUGCGGUUGCUCCGUUUUUGGAUCGGUGAGAGAAGACUGCGAACAGAUGUCCGGUCGCUGCGUCUGCAAACCUGGAGUGCAGGGACCCAAAUGCAAUCAAUGUGCGGAUCCAACUAAAGUCUUGGGACCCAAUGGAUGCGCGCUCCCUGACGCUCUCGGACAAAUACCCGCCACGUGUGCAGAGAUGCACUGCUAUUUCGAGUCAAUUUGUGAGGAAAGAAAUGGUCUCCCGAAAUGUUUGUGCAACAUGACGUGCCCUGAGGAAUCCAACUCAAAUCAGGUUGUUUGCGGCAACGACGGUCAAACCUACGCCUCCGAGUGUCAAUUGAAGUUGUACGCUUGCAGGUACCAAAAGGACAUAUCGGUUCAGUAUCUGAGUGCUUGCAAAGAUGAAGUCCUAACCGGGACUGAUUGGCCCGUAAAGUUAGGAGGCUGGACCUCAGCUCAGCACUUCACAGACUCAGAGGCACUUAGUUCUCCUCUUUCUAAGUCCACCCGACACUUAUUGCCCGAGCACCGAUAUUAUUACACAAAUAAAGAUAGCAUACCCGAGGACGAUAUCAGUGGGUUCGUCUCUGCAGGGGGUCCCACUAAAGAUCUGUUCAGCGAGGAGGGAAAAGACUCAACGCCGGCCAUCGUGGAGGUGAUGCAUUCUUCUUUAGGCGAGAUGUGCUCCUCGGAUGAAGACUGCAGGGUGUCCCAUAGCCACUGCCUCUCCGGACUCUGCGUCUGUCUCGAGAAUUACGUCCAAACACAAGAUCGACAAGCCUGCUACCUGGACGCAAUCGAUCCAACAGCCGAGGUUCUCGCCUGCGAUUCUCUGCCUUGUUUAAACGGUGGACGGUGUCGCAACCUUCCACACGGGCUCUUUGAAUGUAUCUGCGAGGAAGGCUAUCAAGGAACACUCUGCGCAGAGAUCGCCGAAAGAAAAGAGUACAAAAUAGCUGCUUUUAAUGGUCAGUCGUAUGCGCAGUUGCAUAGCAUCAAAGCGUACCAUAAACUAAGCAUCGAGAUGGAGCUGAAAACGUACGCAAACAACGGUAUCCUCCUUUACGACCAACAACACGAGGAUGGCACUGGCGAUUUCAUUUCACUCGCCAUCGUCAACGGAUUUGUGGAGUUCCGGUACAACUUGGGGAAUGGACCGGUGGUGAUAGUCUCGCCGCACAAGGUGACCCUUCGGAAGUUCCAUCGGAUCGUGGCGAAGCGGUAUCAGCGGGAUGGCCUCCUGCAGGUCGACAGCGCCGAACCCGUCGCCGGCCAGUCCCUUGGCACCCUCCGAGCUCUCGACCUCAGCCAGGACGCCUACGUCGGAUUCGUCCCCACCAACGUCUCGAAGGUGCACGAGAACAUCGGGACAAGUCACGGGCUAAACGGGUGCAUCCGGCACAUGAAGAUCGGCCGUCAUACGGUGUACCUGCACGGCGGCGAGGACCCGUUCAUCGUGAAGGUGAACCAGAUCGAGGAUUGCGGCGAGAACCCGUGCUCCAGCGCCCCGUGCCACAACGGCGCCACCUGCAAACCCCUCGACGCUGAGAGCUACGCCUGCACCUGCCCCGACAGCUUCACAGGUGUUCAGUGUGAGUCUAGAAUGGACCCGUGCGUUUCCAACCCGUGCUCCUUUGGGUCAACCUGCGUCUCUCUUCAUCAAAACGGUUUCACCUGUAAAUGCCUGCCCGGCAGGAAAGGAAAUAUGUGUCAACAUUUCGAUCCGGAUCUGGAGGACUUCUUCACGCCGGAGUUCGCGGAGGAGAACGCGUACAUCGAGCUGCCGAAGCUGGAGAACGCGGGGCGAUCCUUCUCGCUCGAGGUUUGGUUCAUGGCCAGGGAACCCGACGGCGUCAUCCUCUACAACGGCCAGAUGACCAACGGCAAAGGCGACUUCAUCUCCCUCAACCUCGUCAACGGUUAUCUCCAGUUCCGCUUCGACUUGGGAAGCGGCAUUGCCAACAUCACGACUCCGGAACCGAUAAGCCUGAACGAGUGGCACAAGGUAGAGAUGAGUCGCAUGGAUCGGCGCGGGGUCCUCCGGGUGGACAACACGACGACCGUCGAGGGCACCUCUGGCGCCCCGCUCAAUGAACUCAACCUCGAGCUUCACCUCUACGUCGGCGGGGUCCCGUCGCUGUCGGAGGUGUCGCGAGAAGCCGGGAUCACCGCGGGGCUCAACGGGGCGGUGCAGCGGGUGCUGAUGAACGGGUUGCCUAUCCGGCUCUUCAACCGGCGCAGCAACCAGGUGGCCAAGUACCAGGGCCCGCCGUGCUCCGUCGUCGACAACCCCUGCCUCAACGGCGGCCUCUGUCUUCCUCUCUUGUCUUCCUUCGCCUGCAAGUGUCACCCGCCCUUCAUCGGCGCCACGUGCCAACAACAAAAUCCAGAACUUGAAGUAGCUGUUAGUUUCAAUGGCGAAACCUUCUUGCAAUACCCCAAAAAGAGUCCGUCCUUGAAUAGAAGCGUCGCUAACUCAUCUGAUCUGACGGAAGUAGUGGAUCUAGAGCGUACCCUGGAUCUGUACGAUGAUUUCGAAGAAGAGGAGGACAUGUAUGACAGUGAUGAUACCAGUUUCUUCAACGAUGAGCGCAAGGGAAAACGGACCAAUAAAUACGAGUUGUCGGUGAGAACAACUGAGAAGAAUGGACUCCUGCUUUGGUCAAAUAGGGGUAGGAACAACCAAGGAAAUUAUUUUGCCCUGGCAGUUGUGGAUGGUGCUGUUGAGCUGAGUUUCAACUUAGGCAAAGAACAACGACUGUUGAGUGCCAGGUCAAAUGUGUACGUGAGUGAUGGUGUGUGGCACAGCAUAACGGUUCAACGCAGGAAAAAAAUGGCCUUGCUACGAAUUGAUAACGAGCCACCAGUGCGGAUUCAAGCAAAUGUUGGAGCUGUUGUACUUUCAAAUAAUUCUAAACUCUUCAUUGGAGGGGCUCCAUCUCUACCAAAUGGAUUACCGUCAGCAUACUAUAGUCGCUACCGCGGCUGUUUGCGAGGCUUGACCACGGACCACAAAAUCGUUCACUUGCUUAGGUUGAGCGAUACUUUACUACAAUUAUGCUACGAUAAUGAUAUAUCCUAGCCUGGGAAGUGAUGAAGGAGUGCUCUAGAUGAAGAAUAUUGUGAUACUUUUCCAGCAGUUAUGAAUUUUUGACUUCUAUAAAGUGAUCCACCAUGUACAGUAUUAAAAUAUAAUUGCCAUCCAAUACGAUAUCUCAGUUUUUGCUGUUGUGCAGUUCAUCAAGAAUGCAACAAAUAAUUGUUUGUUUAGCCUCUAAAAAUGAUCCAUGGAAAUAAAUGUACAUGUAUUGUAAGUAAACUGUAAGUAGGUAUAAAAAUUUUUGUCAAGUCGGAAGAUCAUCAAAACAGUGCUGCCAUUCAGGGACUAAUCGCUACGGGUUCUAAAAAAAGAAAAAGAAAAAAAAAACCUUGAGAGAAAAACGUUAAGAUCUUGUUUCAAACUCUCAUAACUGGAGGAGCAAUUUUUGGUUACACAUAAUAGACUUUGAAUUAUAACCUGUUAGAAUUGAUUGCAAAGAAAACUUAAUUUUAUUGUUCUCAGGUAAAAAAGCCAAAUCUCUGUGUGUCAGCAUAAAAGAUAAUUGCGUAAAAAUACUUUUUACCCCGAUGAGCUGUUUGACAUAUUUGUAUAAUAAGGUUCAAGGCACUGUGUUCAAAAUGAAAGAUACGACUGUAAACUUUGUUGCAUCUACAGUUAAAAGAAAAAUUUCAAAAACGAACAAAAAACUGGACAAAUUUGCAUUUUUUUUUUUAGGAAUAAUCAAAAAACAAUGUCCUGCCCUGUAUAUUCUAAGAAACCAAAGUUUUUAUGAAGUCCAAACUUCUGAAUAGAAAUGAAAUUCAUUAUUUCAUUCACUUUAUUGAAACAAAGGUGGUAAGAACUUUCUAUCACCUGUGCCAAAAUGAUUUCAUAAAGUUCAAUGCAUUUUGAUCUACAAUUUUCACUGAAUUAAUCAUAUCAGCUUCAAUUUCAAGAAGUAUAGGGACAUUUUAAAAUCUACUAUUUUAAAGAGCAAAGCUUAGUGCCCAUACAGCCUAUUUCUCAAGUUCCUCAAAAACUAAAAGAAUGUAAUUUUUUCUUUUCUUUUCUCUUAUUUUGUAAAUAUUGUUCAUUAUUGUAUUUCUUAUGCCCUUAACUUUCUGAUUGUGAAAAAAUAUUGCAAAUGUAAACUAGUGUAAUAUUUAACCUCAUCUUGUAAAUUAAACAUUCAGAGAUCAACUAACAUAAGAACUAGAGCUGUGAUAUAACCAGUAAAUUAAUUCAUGUUAAGUCUGAAAAACAUGCAGCGGAAGUUUUUUUCAGCUUGCAUUUUUAAUCUUCCGAAUGGGCUAAAUAUUUUAAGAAUUUUAUUAAACGUCAUGUUGUUGGAAUGACUCAUCUUUUCAUUUGCUGGUGAGUGCAGAUGUCUAAUUUAAAACUUAUCCAAUUGUGAUCAUGUAUUAACCAGAAUGCAAGACAUCUGUUCAGAGUACGUUCAAAUCUCUGUUUUAGGGCUCCAAAAAUAAUUCAUACCUCAGGAUUUAUUUUUUAACUUCUUAAUGGACCUAUGUAAAUAUCCCUGUUAAAUGCUGUAUAGUAUGAUAGGUGAUGAGAAAAUAAGUCAAAUGAAAAUAAAAACGAAAACUUCAAUAAAA